AUGGACCCUCGUCUCUCCCCAGACCCAACCUCACUCGACCCCACCCCAGGCUACACCCCCGCUAACAACAACACCAUGGACACCUCUGCCGACAACCACACAGCCAAUAUGGACAGUGACAUGUACACCGACUCUCAACCCGCCGCCGUGGGCACGCCAUCGUCCCUGUCCAACGUCCCCUUGACUGCGGAUGGUCCUGGUGGCAGUGGUGGAGCGGACCAGGCGGGCAACUCGAAGCGUAAACGGUUUGUCAAAGUUGUUGAGGUCGAUGCUCCCAAUAACUUGGACCUUGACGCCUACAUUGCUACCUACAAAGGACACACGAAGGUGAACCGCUUGGAGUUUAUCGCGGACCGCUGCCCCUCGCUCCAGGUCGACGCGCUCAAGCUGGCAAUCACGGAGCUCAGAAUCACGAAUACAUUGCAUGUCUCGCGAUACAUCAACCUGGUCAGGAAAUUGAACGAGGCGGUCAAGUUUGGCGCACCCGGCAGCGGGUCUGUCAGCAGCGACCUGCUGACUGUCGACAAGGCUUGGGCAGACAACCAGAUGCUGAAGGCCAAGCAGCAGACUGAUCUCUUGGAGGGUGAGCUCAAGAACUACAAGCGCAACUCUAUCAAAGAGAGCAUCCGCAUGGGAAAUAUCGAAUUGGGAAAUCACUAUUAUGCAUGCGGAGACUUGACCAGCGCUCACCGUUCGUACUCGCGCACACGCGACUACUGCACGACCUCAAAGCACAUCAUCGAGUUGUGCAUGAACGUCAUCAAGGCAAGCAUCGAGCUCGGUAACUUUCCCCACGUGUUGACCUAUGUCGUCAAGGCCGAGUCAACUCCCGAGGUCGCCCAGGACAAGGAGGUGACCAAGGCCAAACUCAAGGCCGCCUCUGGACUCGCCAACCUGGAUCUCAGCAAAUACCCCGCUGCUGCACGCGAUUUCUUGUCGAUUGGGGAGGAGCUGGUCGGCAACCAGUACGGUGAUGUGAUCUCCGCCAACGACAUUGCCGUCUAUGGAGGACUCUGUGCUUUGGCCAGUUUCAACAGAACAGAGCUUAAGCGUCUGGUCAUUGAUAAUGUUGGAUUUCGCCAGUACCUCGAGCUAGAGCCCCACAUCCGUGAUCUCAUCCAAGGAUUCUACAACUCCAACUAUGCCCUCUGCCUCGACAUCAUGGACAAGUGGAAGAACGAUUACUUGCUGGAUUUGCAUUUGCACUCGCAUAUUGAGGCUUUGUACACGAACAUUCGCAAGAAGGCACUGAUUCAGUUCUCGAGCCCAUUCUUAACGGUCGAUUUGACCAAGAUGGCCAAGAGCUUUUCGACGGCAGUUCCUGCGUUAGAGAAGGAGUUGGUGUCGUUGAUCAUUGGAGGACAGAUUGAAGCCAGGAUUGAUUCUCAGCAAAAGAUUCUGUGGGCCAAGCAGACGAACAAGCGUUCUGCGAUCUUUGACCGGUCGACAGCGAUGGGUCAGGACUAUGAGCGCGAGGCCAAGGCGUUGGUUCUUCGUAUGCAGAUGAUGAACCAUGGCUUGGUAGUCAAGGGCCCCCCUGGCGAGCGUGGUGGACCCAACGAUGGCGAGCAUUCCUUUGAGGCUCCUCAUCCUCGUGGCGGACGUGAUCGUGAGAUGUUUGCUGGUACACGUGCCAACGUGUCCAGCUUUUUGAGCAGCUUUUCUCGGGAACGCCACCACCGCUAA